CGGGGGAGGUUGCGUCGCUUCGUACCAGCCCCAACGUGUUUCGCGCGACCGAUCGCUUAUAUAACAGUGUUUGUUUUGUGACUAUUCGAUUGCCGAGAAAGGAUUUAUUGCGGAAUCCAAGAAUGCCCUCUUCCCGCUGAGUCUUCGAUCACAUCUUCCAAAUGUGUUACAAUGCGGUUCGGACAAUAUAACGCAGUGACGUGUGCGUGGGUGAUGUGAGAGACAUUAUGUCAAAGGGUAGGCGCUGGCUGGCCAUGGUGGCGGUGGUGGUGCUAGCGGGGGCGGUCAGGGGGUGGGACUGCGUGUGCAACCCCCGGGAGUGUGAGGUGCUGGAACCGAGCGGCUGCCCAGGGCUGGGCAUCGUGGUGUGGGAUCCUUGCAGGUGCUGCAAAGUAUGCGCGAGGACGCUAGGGGAGGACUGUGGAGGCUUCAGAGGGACUUGUGAGCCUGGCCUCAAGUGCUACGAAGGCUCGUGUACACCCAUCACGUGAACCAAGCAUGCCCCGACUUGUAUCAUAUGUGUAUAGUGUUGAUAGAAGAAAACAUAUCCCGGACAAUGUAGCAAUCGAGAGGACCAGAAGGCAAGUAGACUUUAGAUGAGUGGCAUAAAUUGUUUGCGACAAUAACUUAGACAUCGUGUAAUCGAGACAAAGUAACAAAUAUGUUACUUGAAAAUUGACCUGUUAUUAAACACAAAUGUAACUUAACGACCCAUUAAAAGUUUACUUGAUGAUGCAAUUAUAACUGAAGAUUAACCCUAAAAUGUAAUUUUGUAUAAAUUGGCGGUACCCUAAUUGAAUGUUGAUUUUAAUUAAGAUUUAAUUAGUAAAUAGUCUACUUAAACAAUUGAAACUACAGUUAAAAUUGCUAUUUUACUGUUAUGUAAAUAGGCAAGAAAGUUUUUACAUCUGAAGUUUCCAAAGGGUGAAAAAAAGGUUAAUGUAAAUUUAACUAUCAGAAAAGCAAUAUUAAAGGGCAUAAAAACAUUAUAGUACCGAUUCGUUGUUGAGAUUACAGAAUCCUAGAAUGGGCCAACAUUUUAAUGAUGGUUACUUGAUAUUCAACACAAAGAGAGUGUGACAUGAUUUACAAUUGUAUAAAAUGAUCAGGUUCUCAG